AUGCCUUUCAUUGGUCGUGAUUGGCGAGCACCUGGUGAAACGUGGGUUCGUACUCCACAUACAAAUGGAUGGGAACAGACUAAAUUGAGACCGGUGCAGAUUUCGUCAGAACCAAUUUUGAUUCCUCAAGUGUCUUCUAGUCCAACUCUCGGAAGUAGUUCAUCUCCAAAGUUCAUUCUCGAUUCGGGUUCAUCAGCAUCUUCAGUUCCGAAAUUCAGCCUCUACGAUUCUGAACAAAACAGUUCAUGUGGAUCUCUACCUGGAUCCGUCACCGAAAGUGCAGAUGACUCUGACUCUGCAAAUGACAAAGACUGGAUUCCACACUGUUUCGUAAAGAGCACAUCGAAAGAGUUCAUCGGAUGCACCAGCAUGUCUGAGGCAUUCCAUCGUUUGGAUUUGGCUCGUGCUGUUAACGAUGUCCGAAGAUUUAAUUUCAUUUGCAAGGUAGUUCAAAUUCUAGUCGAAGAAAAGUUGCCAAAUCUGUCAGCAACUGCUCGUAAAUCACUUUUGGGUAUUCUCACUGCCAUAUGUUUCCGAUCAUCAAACGAAGAUAUCAACGUGUCAACUGCUAAAGAUCUAGUCAAAAAUUUUGGUAACGGGUUAGACAAUGUCAAUGUAUGCGGUUCACCUCAAUUGGUUUCUCGUCAUCAUCAAACGGCUUCAUCCCUUCUCGAUCUUAUUUCUGAAAAGAACAUUCGCACAGCUGCAGAUGCUGAUGAUGAAAGUUCUCUCACUUUCUUCGAUUUACCAAGAGAGAUUGUCACUCUGAUUCUCCGUCGCCUUCCUGAUCAUCAAUCACUUCUGGAAACCGCCCAAGUUCAUGAAGCCUUCCAGGAAAUCAUUGAUGGAGAGGACAAACUCUGGAAAUCUCUGUGCACUUUCCAUUUUCAAGAGUAUCAGAUCAUCAAACAGAAAACUCCAGGAAAAUCAUGGCGUCAAGCAUUCUUUGACCUCAAAAAAUACCAUGGGUGUCGUGAACUCUACGCAGAUCUCAUCCAUAUCUGUUGUCAUUGCAAAGCCCUCUUCUGGAAAAGUCUGGGACAUCCAUGUGUCCGUGAGACAAGUGCUCCAUCUGUUAGAGUCACUCCACGACAGUUUGUUGAUAUGUUGAUUUAUUUGUAA